AUGGGGUUCAUAGAAUCAAAGAGCAAAGAAACUGAAACUCUGGGGCUACUCACUCGGGCCAAAAUCCUUCCUUUCUCUACUUAUCACAAAGAACAAAGCAGGGGCAUGAGAAAGAAAGAAAAGCAGGGAUGAUGGCCAGCCUGUCAAAAGAAACGGUUAGUGAAGUUGAAGUAGCAGAUUGAACCAAGUCUUCAUUUUCUUCUGGUCCCCUCCCUUCCCUAGACUCUCAGGAGUUCUUAGUGUGAUGGUGGGAAGUCUUGGCUCCCAGCUCCUAGCGACAGGUCGCGCUCCUGUGUGAACAGGAACAAGCUGGCCUCUUCAAACAAGAAAGCUGGCAGGAGAGUUCCUGGGAAAUGUGGGUCAGUGGAGUCUCUGGUCUUCUCUGUCCUCCCAGGAUCAUGCAGGAUACUUUCCACCAUUGCUCCUCUCUGUUCACCCAUCUCCCGCCCCCAUCCCAUCUACAACAGAUGAUGUAAGGGACCCAUGAAAAGACCAUUCACAAGGCACUUGCUGGCUAGGCCCCACCUUACUGCCUUCCAUUUCAGUGAAACGUCCAACAAGUGGGCACCAAAACACAAGCGUCCAGAAGAUAAGUUCUCACGUUCUUCACAGAUAAGUGCAGUCUUCAUCUUCCACCAAGGAAACUUCGCUUUUCACAACGACAGUUAUAGAAAACCACAACCAAUCAAAAUGCAGAAUUCCCGGUGCCAGUGGAUACAUCUACAAACACUCUUCACCUCUCAGGGAACUUUGCGGGAAAGGGAAAGAAAGGUUGCGAGAGCCAGAGUCAAGAUCAGGCAGCUUGCUGCGAGAUUGCAUCUCCUGGUCAUCUCAGAUGCUGCACCCAGACGCUCUCCCCCACCUGACUGCUCAAACAUGAACUGGACAAGGAAGACAAGAGUGGACAUGCCAGAGUGGAAGGGGCCUGGACGGCCUCCACCUCACAGAGAGAACUACAGAGGACCUGGGUUCAAUGCUCAGAGCGAAGGGGCGAUCCUCAGACUGCCUAGACUGUGCUGUGUCUCCACGAAACCUCAAACUCCACACUCCAGUGAGUUCCAGUCUCUUCCCUUCUAUAUUCCUUUCUCCGCCCCAGCCAUAUUGCUCCUGUCUCCACCUCCCAAACACUGGGAUUAAAGGUGUGAGCCUUUAAUCUUACUGGAUAAGAUCAUUAAAAUACAGCAUCCAACUGGCAUUUCUUUCCCAAGUGUGUUUUAGGGGUGUAACUAAAAUUUAAGGCAAUGUUAAGUGGGAGUCCAGCGGUAGCAGAGAAGAACACCUGUUCUUGCCCCGGAGAGAAGUGGCCCCAGUGUCAUGGGAAGCAGAACCAGCUCCACCAGAAAACCUGAUGACUAAAGACGCCU